GGAGUUACAAACAAAGAAGCUGUGUUGGAGGAGGGCCUGUUGGGGCUUCAGCAGGGCACACUGACAGGUGAGGAGCAGAGAAACCAUGGAGGAAUUAGUGGGGCUUCGUGAGGGCGCCUCCAAGAAGCCAGUGCCACUGCAAGAACUCUGGGGGCCAUGCCCACGCAUCCGCAGAAACAUCCAGGGGGGCCUAGAGUGGCUGAAAGAGCGGCUCUUCCGUGUGGGUGAGGACUGGUACUUCCUGGUGGCUCUCGGGGUGCUCAUGGCUCUGAUCAGCUAUGCUAUGAACUUCACUAUUGGGCGCGUGGUCAGAGCACACAAGUGGCUGUACAGGGAGAUUGGAGAUGGCCACCUGCUCCGGUACCUCUCCUGGACCGUGUACCCCGUGGCUCUUCUGUCCUUCUCCUCCGGCUUCUCACAGAGCAUCACACCAUCCUCUGGAGGGUCUGGAAUCCCUGAGGUGAAGACCAUCUUGACCGGAGUGGUCCUGGAGGACUACCUAGACAUCAAGAACUUCGGGGCCAAGGUGGUGGGCCUCUCCUGCACCCUGGCCACAGGCAGUACCAUCUUCCUGGGAAAAUUGGGUCCCUUCGUGCACCUGAGCGUGAUGAUCGCUGCUUACCUGGGCCGCGUGCGCACCAAGACCGUCGGGGAACCUGAGAGCAAGACCAAAGAAAUGGAACUGUUGGCCGCAGGAGCAGCAGUGGGUGUGGCCACGGUCUUCGCAGCUCCCAUCAGCGGUGUCCUGUUCAGCAUCGAGGUCAUGUCCUCUCACUUCUCCGUCUGGGAUUACUGGAGGGGCUUCUUCGCUGCCACCUGUGGGGCCUUUAUGUUCCACCUCCUGGCAGUCUUCAACAAUGAACAGGAGACCAUCACCUCCAUCUACAAGACCAGCUUUCCAGUGGACAUACCCUUUGACUUACCAGAGAUCUUCUUUUUUGUGGCCCUGGGGGCCAUCUGUGGCAUCCUGAGCUGCGGGUACAACUACAGCCAGCGGACUUUCUUAUUUUUCCUCAAGGCCAAUGGGUUCACCUCCAAACUGCUGGCUACCAGCAAACCCUUGUACUCAGCCCUGGCUGCUGUGGUCCUGGCUUCCAUCACGUAUCCCCCUGGUGUGGGCCACUUCAUGGCUUCCCGGCUGUCCAUGUCGGAGCAUUUGGAGACACUGUUUGACAACAACUCCUGGGCACUGAUGACUAAGAACUCGUCUCCACCCUGGGCAGCGGAGCCUGAUCCCCAGAAGCUGUGGUUGGAGUGGUGUCACCCACAGUUGACUGUCUUUGGGACACUAGUCUUCUUCCUGGUCAUGAAGUUCUGGAUGCUGAUUUUGGCAACCACCAUCCCCAUCCCUGCUGGAUACUUCUUGCCCAUCUUUAUCUAUGGAGCUGUCAUUGGGCGCCUCUUUGGGGAGGUUCUAUCUGUCGCCUUCCCAGAGGGCAUUGUGGCUGGAGGCAGGGUCAAUCCCAUCAUGCCCGGGGCCUAUGCUCUGGCAGGUGCUGCUGCCUUCUCAGGGGCGGUGACCCACACCCUCUCCACGGCACUGCUGGCCUUUGAGGUAACGGGCCAGCUCGUUCACGCACUGCCUGUGCUGAUGGCUGUGCUGGCGGCCAACGCCAUCUCUCAGAGCUUCCAGCCCUCUUUCUACGAUGGCACCAUCAUUGUCAAGAAACUGCCGUACCUGCCGUGGAUCCGUGGCCGACAGAUUGGUUCCCACUCUGUAACUGUGGGUCACUUCAUGAACUGCGCCCUCACUACACUGGCCAAGGACAUGCCCCUGGAGCAAGUGAUCCAAGUCGUGAUCUCCACAGAUGUGACCCAGUACCCCCUGGUGGAGACUACAGAGUCUCAGACCCUGGUGGGCGUUGUAAAAAGGACCCACUUGGUGCAAGCCCUCCAGACUGAGCCAGCUUCCUGGGCUCCAGGCCAGCAGCCCUGUCUCCAGGAUAUCUUGGCUAAUGGCUGCCCCACCCAGCCAGUGACACUGCAGCUGUCCCUGGAGACCUCCUUGCAUGAGACACACAACCUUUUUGAGCUGCUGAACCUUCAGACGCUGUUCGUGACGUCACGAGGCAGAGCUGUGGGCUCUGUAUCGUGGGUGGAGCUGAAGAAAGCAAUUUCAACCCUGACCAAUCCUCCUGCCCCCAAGUGAGUCAGCCUGGGGGGGGUCGGCAGCCUGGCACCCAGCUGCUCAGCUGCCAUGGAUCUGGGAUCUCUCAGCCCGGCAAGACAUCUCCACUCAGCAGAGAAGAACGCUCCAUAUUCACACUCCGAUCCCUGAAGGAGCUGAGAGUAAAUGAAGACAUUGUGACCCUUGUGACUUCUGGGGUUGCCUGCUGCUAACCAGGAGCUUCUGAGAAAAAUAAAACUGAUGUCUGGA